AGUGACCCUCUCACUGUGCGCUUAGAAAUACUUGCAAAAACAGCGCGAGCUGCAACCCAACUGGCGUGGUUGGCUAGUAGUGAAACUGAAGGCUCUGCCGACCAGCGCAGCCUUGGGGGUGGGGGGAGCACGAGAGAGGCAGGUGGAGUUUGUGCGCAUCAUAUGAUCAAGUAGAAAGUUGCACUUCCUGAAACUCUGCAAGUGUGAGCUUGGCUGCUAGGAGUAGCCUUUGCUCGGGCGGGUGAGGGUAUGCCAGUCCUUCCCAUGGGGAGCUUCUUAAGCGGUGGCACUCUCUUAUGUCUCUUAACUGCUUGCCUGCUGGCCGUGGGGGCAGUGGUAGAGGCAGGAGGUGGAAGGAGGGAGAGGCACAACAUACUGCUAAUCCUGACAGAUGACCAAGACCUAGUGCUCGGGGGCAUGACUCCCAUGAAGAAGACCCAAAUGUUGAUUGGUCAGUCAGGAGCCUCCUUCGCCAAUGCUUUUGCAGUCACUCCACUGUGCUGUCCCAGCCGCAGCAGCAUCUUGACUGGCUGCUAUCCUCACAACCACCUGGUGAGAAACAAUUCCUUGGAUGGCAACUGUAGCAGUCAAGCCUGGCAGAAGUUUCAGGAGCCAUUUACCUUCCCAGUGUAUCUGCAAAAGCAAGGCUACCAAACUUUCUACGCUGGCAAAUAUCUCAAUCAGUACGGCGAUCCCAAAGCAGGAGGUGUUCAGCAUAUCCCUGUGGGCUGGGACUACUGGCUAGGCCUGGUGGGGAAUUCCAAGUAUUAUAACUACACCCUUUCAGCCAAUGGCCGUGAGGAGAAACAUGGAGACCACUAUGAAGAAGAUUACCUCACUGACCUCCUUACAAACAGGAGCCUGGAAUUCCUGCAAAAAACCUCUCGCUGUCCCUUUCUCAUGGUGCUAGCCACACCUGCCUCACACUCUCCCUGGACUGCAGCCCCCCACUACAAGUCAGCCUACAGUACCAUCAAAGCACCACGUACUGGAAGCUUCAAUGUCCAUGGCAAGGACAAGCAUUGGCUGGUGAGGCAAGCAAAGACUCCUAUGUCAAACACAUCCAUUGAGUUCCUGGACAAUGCCUACAGGAAGCGGUGGCAGACUCUGCUGUCUGUGGAUGACAUGGUGGCAGCAGUGGUGGGUCAGUUGGAGUCUCUGGGCUUGAUGAGCAGCACAUACGUGUUCUAUACCUCCGACCAUGGUUACCAUGUUGGUCAGUUUUCCCUGCCCAUCGACAAGCGGCAGCUUUAUGAGUUUGACAUCCGGAUACCAUUGCUUGUGCGAGGCCCAGGCAUCAAACCAAAUCAGACCCGUCUGGAGCCCAUCCUCAAUAUUGACCUCGGUCCAACCUUCCUGGAUAUUGCAGGAAUCAAUAUCUCUCAGACUCACAUGGAUGGACAGUCCUUCCUGCCCCUGCUGGUGAACAAGACACACAACAGUAGCUGGCGAUCUGAUUUCCUGGUGGAGUACACUGGAGAGGGCAGUGAUGGCAGAGACCCCCAUUGUCCUAGUUUAGGAGCAGGGGUAUCGCAUUGCUUUCCGGACUGUGUGUGUGAGGAUGCCUUCAAUAACACCUAUGCCUGUGUGCGCACAUUGAGCCCCGUCAGUUUGCAGUAUUGUGAGUUUGCAGAUACUCAGGCUUUUGUAGAAGUUUAUAAUCUGACUUCAGACCCACAUCAGCUCCUCAAUAUAGCCAAGACUGUGGACCCCUCACUGCUGGAGCAGAUGAACCAGAGGCUGAUCAAGUUCCAGGCUUGCUCCGGGGCCAGCUGCCGCUCCUAGGGAGCCUCCAUGAUGCUCUCACUCAAUGACUGUGCCAAGAAACCUGAGAAAUCUCUAUUCUUUAGCUGACUUUGUGCUGGCUUUAUGUUGUGGAUUUCUUGGGUAGCAAGCCCAGGUCAGCUGACAGUUUUGUUGAUGAGACUUGAUACCAAGAGGAUGGGGUGGUGAGCUGGAUGAGUGAGUGGAAAGUUCUGUGCCUUGUUUCCCCCUGGACCUGAUGUCAUUUCCUGUUGCCACUUGUUCCGCUGCUCAUCCACAUCCUUUUUUUGCAUCUGGGACUGGCAGGCCAAACAGCUCCAUUCAGUGGACUAGAUAUGAUCCAAUAAUCAUCCGUUGCUGAUCCUUACUCUAAACAGUAAUUCAUAGCCAGAUAACUGAAGGAUAGCCUUACCCUUCUUUCCACAGGAUGAGGAUAGGUUCAUUUUCUCAUUUAACCAAUAAAUCCAGUUCCCAAUAGUUACUGGAUUAUUACCACCACCACUGUAUUUUCUUCUCUUUUCCUAAGAUCUGAGUGUCCUUUCUCAGUUGUUUGGUCCUGCCUUUCCUCUGUCCUUAAAAGUUUUGAUUCAAAUGCUGUAUAGCCUAUGGUGGCUCAGGAAGCUGCUAUUUGAUCCCACCUGUGACUUUCUGUGUUAGUGCUGUGAAAAUAAAUGGAAUAAAGAACUUUUUAUUAGGAA